AUGAAGGGGCCUUUUUGUUUCAUUUGGACUGUUUGUCUUUUCAUUUCUCUACUGGGUCAGCGAGGAGCCCAAGCCUUUCAGUGCAGGAAUGGAGUCUAUUUGUCUUCUGACCAUGUGUGUGACUUCACAGACCACUGUGGGGACAACAGUGAUGAGCAGCAAUGCUGGAGUUAUGGGAGAUGUGACUUUGAGGAUGGGUUCUGCGACAUGACACAGGACCAGAGCCUACUACCUGGCUGGACGAGAAGAAAUGGAGUGACUGGUCCUUCACCUCCAUUCUGGGACCACAAUAGCAACGUAUCAGCCCAUUUUCUCAUACUGGUCUCCAGAGCAGAUUCCAUCUCCUCAAACUUAAGAAGUAGAAUUUUCCUUCCAACCAAUGACCAGCAAGUUUGUCAGAUUACCUUUUAUGACUUCUCCAGUCACCAGAAUGGCACACUGACAGCAGGCUUCCAAACCACAUGUGACAGUCCUGUCCAGCAUGUAUGGCGGAAGACAGAGGUGCUUCAGAGUCAGUGGGACAGAAAUGUUAUUACAAUCCAGAGCUCACAGCGGUUUCAGGUUCUUUUUCAGGCUCAAAUGCCUGCAACUCAUGGACAAGAGGAAGCUAUAGCUAUCGAUGACAUAUCAUUCAGUUCAGGUUGCUUGCCAGCAGAUGAGUAUCAGACCUGUGGAUUUGACUUUGACAUAUGUGACUGGGCAACUGAAGUAUCUGUUGAGCAAACUUCUUGGGUAUGCGCAAAAGCAAGAGAAGUCCCUUCACUGGACUCUGUGCCGUGGCAGGACCAAAGUGGUAAUGUUGAAGGAUACUUUGUGUGGAUGAAGGCUAGUCAUGCUUCCUCUGUGGGACUUGCAGAGAGCAGUGCAUAUUUAAACAGCUCUGCAUGUCACUGCAUGGCCAGCAAAUGCCAUCUUCGGUUCUAUUACACCAUGGAAAGCAGUGUUUUGACAGUAAGGCUGUACAAUAAUGAGGAAGAAAAAAUGAUGUGGACAUUCAAUACAUCGACUCGCAGCACGUGGGUGAAAGCUGAUGCAUUGAUACCAGAAGAUCUGAAGCCAUUAAAGUUUUUUUUGGAAGGCACAGUUUUGAGGCAGAGAAGUUUUAUUGGAAUUGAUCAGCUGUUGGUCUCCACAUGUGGAAAGACCCAUUCCCGGCAGCUUUGUCCUGUUAAUGAAUACACUUGUGCCAGUGGCCAGUGCCUUACCCACUCUUCAGUCUGUGACUACGGAAUGGACCACUCCAGUAGGAAUGAUGGAGACGCAGAGGCUUGCACCAGUCACCUCACCUGGGACUUCAAGUCUGGUUUCUGUGGCUGGGAGCCAUUUCCCACAGAAGAGUCCCGCUGGGAGGUGGCAGUGGAAGGACAGAGCAGUGGAGAGCACCUGCUUCCUCAGGCUGGUCACACAGCGGGCACAAGCCAUGAUUCAUUUAUUUAUUUUGGGCCACAGAAAUCCACUGGAGUGGCCGGGGUUGGAAGUCCUAUCCUUACCAAAUCACCCACUGCCUCUACUCCAUGCCAGGUGCGGUUUUGGUAUCGUUUAUCAGAGCAUUCCCGUCUCUCUGUUUUCACAAGAACAUCAUUAGAUGGCAGUUUGCUAAAGCAGAGUGAAGUGACCCAAGUCAUGGGAUCUCGGUGGAGCCAAGCAGAGAUUGUUCUCCAUGAAAAAGCUGGAGAAUCUUCUCUUCCUUUCCAGUUAAUUUUAGAAGCUACUGUUCUGUCAUCAAAUGCUACUGUUGCUGUAGAUGACAUCAGCAUAUCCCAGGAAUGUGAAAUUUCAUAUAAGUCACUUCGUAGUACCAGCAUACAAAAAGUUGCCGAUUGUGAUUUUGAAGCAAACAGCUGUGGGUGGUUCGAAGCCAGUGGUGCUGACCAUUUUGACUGGAUGUGGAGCUCCCCAAAUGAUCUUUCUGCUGAUUUCAAGCAACAAGCCCCACCUGGAGACCACACUCAUGGCACGGCUAAAGGGCAUUUCAUGUUCAUUUUGAAGAACAGCAGCAACUUGUUUCAAACUGCUAAACUUCAGAGCCCGACUUUCAGCCAGACAGGGCCCGGGUGUACACUGUCAUUCUGGUUUUAUAACUAUGGACUGUCAGUGGGGGCAGCUGAGUUGCAGCUACAUCUAGAAAAUUCCAGGGAUGCCACAGCUCUCUGGAGAGUAUUGUAUAACCAAGGCAACCAGUGGUCAGAGGCAACUGUCCAGCUAGGACGCCUCACUGGGCCCUUCUACCUGACACUAGAGAAAGUCAGUAUGGCCGUUUAUAGUGGGGUCUCUGGCGUUGAUGACAUCCGUUUUGAGAAUUGUGCUCUUCCACCUCCUGUUGAGCUUUGUGACGAGCCAGAUCACUUCUGGUGUAGACAGACAAAGGCUUGCAUUGGAAUCCAUCAGCUCUGUGACCUGGUUGAUGACUGUGGAGAUCGCACAGAUGAGAUUGACUGUGAACCUGAACUGCAGUGUGACUUUGAAAAUGGAAUGUGUAACUGGGAACAAAGUAUGGAGGAUGACUUCAACUGGACCAGAUACCAGGGUCCUACUUCAACACUGAACACAGGCCCAAUGAAGGACAACACAUUGGGCACAGCCAAAGGACACUACCUCUACAUAGAAACGUCAGGGCCACAGGUCUUUCAAGACAAAGCUAUUUUACUCAGCCCAAUCCUUAACGCCACUGACGCAAAUGGCUGCACCUUCCGCCUGUACUACCACAUGUUUGGAAAGCAUAUAUAUCAGCUGGCUGUGUACCAGAGAAUCUGGAGCAAUUCCAAGGGACAGCUGCUGUGGCAGAUAUUUGGGGAUCAAGGCAACAGAUGGAUAAGAAAACACCUCAGUAUUUCUAGCAGGCAUCCCUUUCAGAUCCUGAUAGUGGCCUCAGUGGGAGAUGGUUUCACUGGAGAUAUUGCGAUUGAUGAUCUAUCAUUCAUGAAUUGCACCCUCUACCCAGGAAACUUGCCAAUGGACAUUCCAAGUCCACCAGAAACUUCAGUUCCAGUGACCUUGCCUCCACACAACUGUACAGAUGAGCAAUUUGUCUGUAGAUCUAAUGGUCACUGUGUUGGAAAAAUUCAGAAAUGUGACUUCAGAUACGACUGCCCUGACAAAUCAGAUGAAGCAUCUUGUGUGCUGGAGGUUUGUACAUUUGAAGAGAAAAACCUUUGUAAAUGGUACCAGCCGAAACCAGCCAAGUCACUCCAUGAUUCAAAUACAUUCAGGUGGGGACUCAGCAAUGGGAUCAGCAUUCAUCACGGGGAAGAAACCCACAGACCAGCAGUAGAUCACACAAAAAAUACCACGGAUGGCUGGUACCUGUAUGCUGACAGUUCAAAUGGGAACUUUGGUGACCUUGCUGAUGUUUUCACGCCUGUCAUCUCACAAACGGGACCACGGUGUACUUUGGUGUUCUGGACACACAUGAAUGGUGCCACAGUGGGUUCUCUCCAGGUACUCAUCAAGAAAGGCGAUAUGAUUUCCAAAGUGUGGGCUCAGAGUGGACAGCAAGGGCCGCAGUGGAAGAAAGUACAAGUGUUUUUAGGCAUCCAUUCACAUGUGGAGGUUAUCUUUAGGGCAAAACGUGGUGUCAGUUACAUAGGAGAUGUGGCAGUAGACGAUGUUUCUUUUCAAGACUGCUCUCCGUUACUUGACACAAACAGGAAGUGCACUGCGGAGGAAUUCACGUGUGCUAACAAGCACUGCAUUGCAGAGGACAAGCUGUGUGACUUUGUGAAUGACUGCGCAGAUAAUUCUGAUGAGACCAUGUUCAUCUGUGGUACUUCUACUAGGCGCUGUGACUUUGAGUUUGACAUUUGUGCCUGGGAGCAGGAUCAUGAUGAAGACAUUGACUGGAACCUGAAAGCUAGCAACAUUCAAGCUACAAGCACACAGCCAGCUGUAGACCACACCCUGAGGAAUUCCUCUGGUCAUUACAUCAUUCUCAAAAGCUAUAUCCCACAGCAGCCCAUGAGAACAGCCAGAAUAUCCAGCCCAGUUAUAAGCAAGAGAAGCAAAGACUGCAAGAUAAUUUUUAAUUACCACAUGUAUGGCACUGGCAUUGGGGCCCUCAUUUUGCUCCAGGUGACAGUCACAAAUCACACAAAGGUACUCCUCAAUCUCACUGAAGAACAAGGCAAUUUCUGGCAGAGGAAAGAAUUGCCAUUAUCCAGUGAAGAAGACUUUCAACUCAAAUUUGAAGGCAGAGUUGGGGAAGGCCACCAUGGUAGUAUCGCACUUGAUGACAUUGUACUUACAAAGAGCUGCCUGUCAUCUCGCCACUCCACAAGGGAAGAAUUGUCACUUCCUCUUCCAACAGGCUUUUGCCCACAUGGCUAUGAGGAAUGUCAGAAUGGCAGAUGCUACAGUCCAGAGCAGAGGUGUAAUUUUGUAGAUGACUGUGGUGAUAACACCGAUGAAAAUGAAUGUGGUGGCGCCUGCACUUUUGAGAAAGGUUGGUGCGGCUGGAGGAACUCUGUAGCUGAAAAUUCUGAUUGGGUUUUAGGAAUUGGAUCUCAUAAAAGCCAGCGGCCUCCCAAAGACCACACACUUGGAAAUGAACAUGGUCACUUCAUGUAUAUGGAGGCCACCCCUGUGGGCCUUCAAGGCGACAAAGCCCACUUCAAGAGUGCCAUGUGGCAAGAAUCCAGCGCUGCCUGCACUAUGAGCUUCUGGUAUUUCAUAUCUGCAAAAGCCACAGGAUCCAUUCAGAUUCUCAUUAAGACAGACAAAGGACUUUCAGAAGUAUGGCGACAAAGCAAGCCAGAGGCUGGUAAUCACUGGCAAAAGGCCACCAUCCUACUGGGGAAAUUAAGGAAUUUUGAGGUCAUAUUUCAAGGCAUCAGAACAAGAGAUCUAGGGGGUGGAGCUGCAAUCGAUGACAUUGAAUUCCAGAACUGCACAACUGUUGGAGAAACCACUGAGAUUUGCUCAGAAGUCACAGACUUUUUGUGCCAAGACAAGAAAUGCAUCUCAUCCCACCUUGUUUGUGACUACAAGCCAGACUGUGCUGACAGGUCUGAUGAAGCUCAUUGUGGAUAUUAUGUAAGCACAGCAGGAAGCUGCAAUUUUGAAACAACUUCAGGAGACUGGACUGUGGAUUGUGGUCUCACCCAAGAUCCUGAAGAUGACUUGGAUUGGGGCAUCGGUGACACCAUUUCCUCUGACUCCUUGAGCCCAGAUUCGGAUCACACACCAGGUAGUGGUCGGCAUUUCUUGUAUGUCAACUCUUCUGUCUUCAACAAAGAAGGGUCUACUGCAAGAAUCAUUACCACUCAAUUCUUCCCAGCAAGCCUUGGAAUGUGUACUGUUCGGUUCUGGUUCUACAUGGUGGAUCCCGGGAUGUUGGGGAUAUUAAAGGUGUAUAUCAUCGAGGAAUCAGGACUAAACAUCCUCAUGUGGUCCAUAGUCCAAAAUAAAAACACUGGAUGGACCUAUGUGUAUGUACCUCUCUCUAGUAACAGCCCAUUCAAGGUGGCAUUCGAGGCUGACUUCAGUGGGAAGGAAGGCAUCUUCAUUGCUCUUGAUGACAUCACUUUCACCCCUGAGUGUGCAUCUGGAGGACCAGCCUUACCACAGCCAUCACAUUGUGAAGAAGACCAGUUUGCUUGUAUCUACACCCUGCAGUGUGUCCUUGCCUCAGAGAAGUGUGAUGGGCAAGAAGACUGUGUAGAUGGAUCUGAUGAGAUGGAUUGCUCUCUCAGUCCCCCUCCUCAACUCUGCAGUGAUUCGGAAUUCCAGUGUUCUGAAGGCCAGUGCAUCCCUUCUCUCCUUCUCUGUGAUGGAGUGACCGACUGCCACUUUCAUGAAGAUGAAUUCAAUUGUGCCAAUCAGAGCUGCCCCAAUGGAGCUUUGGCAUGUAAUUCAUCAGGCAGCUGCAUCCCAACUCACCAGCGCUGUGAUGGUGCCGCUCAGUGCGACGACUUCCAAAUCGAUGAGUCCAGCUGCUCAGAAUGUCCAAUACAUUAUUGCAGAAAUGGUGGCAUUUGUGUGGUGGAGAACAUUGGUCCCAUGUGUAGGUGUGGACAAGGAUGGACGGGAAAUCGAUGCCACAUCAGGUCUAACCUUUCUACUGCGGGUUUUGUGUACACUCAGAAUUACAUAUGGACUCUGCUGGGUAUCGGACUUGGGUUCCUCGUGACACAUAUUGCAGUGGCCAUCUUGUGUUUUCUUGCAAACAGAAGAGGACUAGUGAGGAAAUCUGAGCAGGGAGGCAACUGUGCCUUUGUUAAUCCAGUUUAUGGGAAUUGCAUCAAUCCAGAGAAAACAGAGAGUUCCAUCUAUUCUUUCCCCAAUCCAUUUUAUGGUGCAACAUCUGGAAGCCUGGAGACAGGCUCUCAUCAUCUCAAAUCAUAACAGCAAAACGAUGUCUCAUCUGUGUUUGUAGAAAAUUUUAUUCACUAAAUUGAUCCCGUAUAAGGCGAAAGGGGAAACAUUAAAUGUUAGUGUGAUUACAACAUAGAGAUUCUUUGAGUGUUAUUAUGCAAUCACAGAAGCUCCUUAGCUUCAUUGUAUAUCUGAGUACUUCAAUUAAACAUUCUGCCUAAUCAACUUAUGUACCUUUUAUUUGAUACUGAUUAUUAUGUUUAAUGACUAAACUACAGUUUUUUCCACACACAUAUUUGAGUGGCCAUGGCCUGGGAAUAUAGAUUUGGGUUACCCUAAAUUUCAUGUUCGUGGAAUAGGUUUCAUGGUUUUGCAGAACAAAGGAAGUUCUAAAUCAAGGCAGGUUUAAAAUGCAUUCAGUAUAUCAGGUUACCGUGAGA